AUGAAGUUCUCCAUGGUGGCACUGGCGACCCUGGCUGGGGUUGCUGUUGCUGAUUUGGAUCCCAUCGUCAUCAAGGUACUGUCUCUAUACACGUAUAGUAAGCGUGAUAUAUUCGGUACUGAGACUGUCAAUAGGGCUCCAAGUUCUUCUACUCUAGCAAUGACACUCAAUUGUAAGUCCGAAUGUGCCGGUGUCUUGAAUUCGGUGACUGACAAGAACAGCUUCAUGCGUGGAAUCGCCUAUCAACAGGAAAGUACGAGUAGCAGUGGCUACACUGACCCGCUCGCCGAUGCCACCGCUUGUGCGCGUGAUAUUCCCAUCAUGGCGAAGCUGCGCACCAACGUUAUCCGUACCUAUGCCAUCAACGCCUCUGCUGACCACUCGGCCUGUAUGAAACUCUUGGCAGACGCUGGUAUUUAUGUGAUCUCCGAUCUAUCUAACCCCAAUCUGUCGAUUGAUAGAAGCAAUCCUUCGUGGGAAACCGAUCUCUUCGCCCGAUACACCAGUGUUGUUGAUGAAUUGGCCCAGUACAACAACACCAUUGGUUUCUUCGCCGGAAAUGAGGUUUCCAACACCAUCGAUACUUCCGACGCCAGCGCUUUUGUCAAGGCUGCUGUUCGUGACACCAAGAAGUACAUCAAGAAGAAGGGCUACCGCUCUAUGGGUGUUGGAUAUGCUACCGCCGAUGUGGCCGACAUCCGUGCGGACAUGGCCGACUACUUCAACUGCGGAGACUCUGACGAGACUAUUGACUUCUGGGGAUACAACAUCUACUCGUGGUGCGGUGAAUCGAACUACGCAAAAUCUAAUUACAAGGAUCGCACCGAAGAGUUCACCAACUAUUCCGUCCCUGUCUUCUUCGCCGAGUACGGUUGCAACGAGGUCACACCCCGCGAGUUCACCGAGGUGAAGGCCCUGUAUGGUGAUACCAUGGCUGAUGUCUGGUCCGGCGGUAUUGUGUACAUGUACUUCCAGGAGGCUAACAACUACGGUCUGGUUUCCGUCGUCGAUAGCACCAGUGUCAGCACCAUGGACGACUUCAAGUACUAUUCCAGCCAGAUUGCUAGCGCCAAUCCCACUGGUGUCAAGAAGGCCUCCUACACUCCUGCCAACACCGCCCUGCGAAGCUGCCCUACUGUCGGAUCCACGUGGUCCGCCGAACCUUCCCCUCUGCCCCCUAUCGCCGAUAUCCAGUUGUGCGACUGCAUGUACGAUGCCUCUGCCUGCGUUGUCGCCGAUUCCCUCUCCUCGACGAAGUACGCGAAGCUGUUCAGCACUGUCUGCGGCUACACCGACUGCAGCGGACUGACAGCCAAUGCCACCACCGGCGAGUACGGUGCUUACAGCAUGUGCUCGACCAAGCAGCAACUUGCCUUUGCUCUGAACAAAUACUACGUUGAGCAGAACCGUGCUGCCGAUGCUUGUAGCUUCGCCGGAUCUGCAACUGUCAAGUCCGUGACUAAGGCCACUGGCACUUGCUCUACACAGAUGAAGGAGGCUGGAACUGCUGGGACCGGAACUAUUACUACCGAGAACACUGGAACCGCUGGCUCCGGUUCUGCUUCCUCGACGGCCUCGUCGACCACGUCUAGCAGUGGCGCUAUCAGCAUGCACCCCAGCUCAUCCUGCGGCUCUUUCCAGGUGGCUGCCUACAUUGCCACCGCACUCCUGGCGGGUGUUGCAAUGAUCGCUCUGUGA